AUGAUUGAUCUGGGUCCAGAAGCUAGAUCUGACGCUUUGGCACACUAUGCAAGGAAUAUCAUCAAGAAUUUCCACCUGAAGCUCUCUGUUCCAAGUCUUCAAACGACCUCUGCUCUGCCCACUGUACCCACUGUACCUGUGGGUGAGAUUAACAAAGUUGGAAUCAUCGGUGCUGGUGUUGGUGGUCUUUAUGCUGCAAUGAUACUUCAAGACCUUGGCAUUCCUUACGAGAUUUUGGAAUCCUCUGAUCGUUGGGGUGGGCGUCUAUUCACGCAUCAUUUCUCCGACGAGGAACAUGAUUACUUUGUCAGUAAAUCCCGAUUAUCCGCACUGUUCCAUUCCUGCGACGUCGGAGCCAUGCGCUUUCCCAAUACGCCGCUAAUGAAGCGCACGUUCGAUCUCUUCGACCGCCUCGAUAUCAAACGUGGAGGAAAACUGAUUAAAUACAUAUAUCAGAAUCCUGAAAACGUUUUCUUUUAUAAUUCGAUACGCAGGAAGCGCUCGGAUCCUGGUGUCACAACAGCGAAUGAGUUCCAGAUCACUGAUGUCCCCGAGAAAUAUGGUCAGACCGGAUGGGAUAACCUUGUUAAGAACGUUAUUAGCCCUUUUGCUAAGACUCUCGCCGAUGAUGUCACUAACGGUGGGGACGAGGGGUGGAAGUUGAUGAUGCAAUACGACAUAUACUCUACCCGAGCCUACAUGGCAGGAAACCGUUCGGACGCCAAACCAGAACUGGACGAGCUGAAGAUGAUGCCUUACCCGCUGGGUGUAGUGAACUGGCUUGAGACGUUCGACACUUCCACAGGUCAAUACGAUGCCGCACUAUCUGAGGAAGUUAUGGAUAGUCUUGCGUUCGCGUUUCCCGAAGAGGACGCAAAUGCAACUGUUGACUGGUAUUGCGUGGAGGUCAAGUGUUAUCGCUGA